AUGUGUGGAAUUUCGGCUUUAAUAUUGGCUGAUCAAAGUGCUUCGGCCUGCCCAGAUCUCUUUGAGAGUUUGGGUCUAUUGCAGCAUCGAGGACAAGAUGCAGCUGGUAUUGUAACAUCUGGCCCCAAAGGUCGUCUGUAUCAAUGUAAAGGCAACGGCAUGGUGAAUGAUGUUUUUGAACAAUCCAAACUGACAGGUCUCGUUGGUAGCUUGGGCAUUGGCCAUGUCAGAUAUCCCACGGCUGGAUCAUCAUCUACAUCUGAAGCCCAACCCUUCUAUGUAAACUCUCCGUACGGCAUUACGUUUGCUCACAAUGGAAAUCUGACAAAUGCCGAAGAAUUAAGGGUCUAUCUGGACAAGAUUGCUCAUCGUCACAUCAACACAGAUUCUGACUCGGAGCUCCUCUUGAAUAUUUUGGCUAACAAUCUUCAAAAGACCGGGAAAUUCAGAGUGAACGAGGAAGAUAUUUUUACUGCAAUCAAGGAUCUGCAUCAACAAUGCAGAGGUGGGUAUGCCUGUGUGGCCAUGAUUGCUGGCUAUGGCAUUAUCGGCAUCAGAGAUCCUCACGGCAUUCGUCCCUUGAUCAUGGGCCGUCGCAAGAAUCCUGCGGGAUAUGACUACAUGUUCUCAUCUGAAAGUGUUGUACUAGAAUCUCUUGGUUUUACUGAUUUUGAAGAUGUGAAGCCUGGUGAAGCUGUCAUCAUCACUCAAGGUGGCAACGUCUCUCGUCGCCAACUAGUCAAUGAGAAGGAAAUCACUCCUUGCAUCUUUGAGUAUGUCUAUUUCGCUCGCCAAGAUAGUAUUAUGGAUGGUAUCUCUGUCUAUAAGGCUCGUUUGAGUAUGGGUGAAGCUCUUGCUGAGAAGGUCAAGAGGUCAUUUGGCGAUGUUAUGAAUAUUGAUGUCGUUAUUCCCGUCCCUGAUACCAGCCGUGUCGCUGCACUCCAGCUAUCUCGUAAACUAAAUAUUGUUUACCGCGAAGGCUUCAACAAGAACAGAUAUGUAGGACGUACAUUCAUUAUGCCCGGCCAACAAACAAGACGUAAGAACGUUCGUCGCAAAUUGAACGCUAUGGCUUUAGAAUUCCAUGGCAAAAACGUAUUACUGGUUGAUGAUUCUAUUGUCAGAGGUACCACUUCGAAAGAAAUCAUCCAGAUGGCUCGCGACGCGGGAGCAAAAAAGGUGUACUUUGCAUCAUGCGCUCCUCCUAUCAGAUAUCCUAAUGUUUAUGGUAUUGAUAUGCCUACACGCCAAGAACUCGUCGCCCAUGGAAGAGAUGAUGAACAAGUUGCUGAAGAGAUCAAUGCUGAUAAAGUCAUCUAUCAAGAUUUGGAAGAUUUAGUAGAAUCUGUUCGUCGCUUUAAUCCUGCUAUUGAAAAGUUUGACACCUCUGUAUUUGAUAAUUGCUACGUUACAGGUGAUGUAGAUGAAAGAUACUUGGCUCAUUUAGAAGGUGAGCGCAGUGAGGAGAGUAAAGGUCGCUUGAGCAUAGACAGUGAUUGUGUUGGAUUGUACAAUAGCUAUCAUCAAAGCAAAUAA